AUGGCUCAUGCUGAAGCCAGAAAGACAAUUUACAGCAGGGAAGAACUGCUCAAUGUCCAUCGCCUCAGCUCAUUCUUCUUGCACAAGCAGGAGAACCAGGGCUAUGAUAAGGCGAAUUUAGUGAAGUGGACAAAGGAACUCAAUAUCUUCUCCAAGGACAUGAUCCUUAUUCCUGUCAACCGCCAAAAUCAACACUGGACUGCUGCCGCUAUCAACUUCCGCCGCAGACAGAUUGAGUUGUAUGAUAGCAUGGGUACCCCCAGGCCAAACAUCUUCAAGAUGGGUCAUGUGUUCCAGGCGCUCGACACAGGCACUGGCGGAGCCGGGGCCCAACAUUGA